AUGGAUGCUGCUUACGCUUUUACAGAUUAUCGCGCUCAAGGUCAAACCAUCGAGUACCUAUGGGCAGACAUCGGUACACCCUUGAGAGGGACCCUUACACCAUUUAACGCGUACGUCACAUUAUCAAGAGCUCAAGGACGUGCCAAUGUACGAUUGCUUCGAGACUUCAAGGACACACUGUUCAUGAAGACACUGUGUGAGACACUAGAGAUGGAAGAUGAACAUUUGAUCAGAUUGAAUGAAAAAACGAAACAAGAAUGGCUGUUGGAGGUGUCACGCAGAAUUAGUCAUACCAACUCGUGA